UCUGUAUGACAUAUUAGCACGUACUAUGCACAGCACCGGACUGCGGGCCAGUAUUCAGCUAAGGGAAAUUCAGUAAGGUCUUAGAGAGUGCUAUCUUUAAGCUUCCUCUUUGCGUAAUAAACCGUGAAGGGAUAAGCAAGCCAAUGGUAGCGAGGUUGAUACUCUCAAAGUUGAAACAAGACAAUGCGAACGAACGGCCUCUCUGCUAUGCUAUCGCUCAAACAACAAAUUACCUCGUCGGCACUGUUGAACUUGGUAGCACUUUACAGCAAGAGUUCAGCGAGGCACUUGCAGCAGCGGCUGCACAGUCAAUGUUUCUCUGGAAUCUUCUUUCCAAACUCGAACCUACGGAGAACAAGGUCUCUUGCACUCAAACGAUGAAGGAUACCGCACUCAUAGCAGCUAUACGUGCUAAGCGAGUUGUUGUUGUUAAGGAUUUGCUUGAAAUGGGUGCAAAUGCUGCCGCCAAGACCCGGUUUUUCGGCGAGCCUCUUGCUUCAGCAGCCAGGAUAGGAUGUACUGAUAUACUUCAAAUCCUUCUUGUUUCACGAGAUUGGUUGGCUUCUGGCGAAUACUUCACACAUCUUCGUUACAAGCAUGCUAUAGAGGCGGCUGCGGAAACUGGCCAAAAGGAGACCCUGCUGAUGUUGCUGGAAGUCAACAAUAACGAGCUGCAGUUAGCAUCCACAUACGAUCGCGCCAUCAUCAAAGCCACCAGGGCCGCACAGGAAUCGACAGCAAAACUACUCUUGUGUCAGCGAAGUCCCAACUCCCAUUCUGAGAAUAAAACAUUCUGGCUAGACCUUGUUCGAACAAUGGUCAGAGGCAACUGCCGGGAGUUCUUACAAGAAACAUGGGUUGAAGCUUCCUUGGCCAUCGGUGAGGGGUCUUUAGGCCUCUUACUUGAAGACGCGUGCCGGCAUGGUCACGUUGGAAUUGUUCAGUUCCUACUUUCUAAGGUUUCUGACCUAACCCUAAACGAUUUCAACGGCGGUUUGUUUUGGGCAGCUCGUUCUGGAUAUACUGCUUUAGUCGAUAUCCUUAUCGAGUUUCUGGCAUGCAACGACAAAGCAGUUAUCAAAGCAUUGGCUGGUGCGGCCUCUAGCAACCAACAUGAUCUAUUCUGUCAUCUCUUGGAAAGGCUCAGCAUCAAGAGGACCGACAACAGCCGGACUAUCCAGUUCUCUGACGCAAUUCGCCUGAUCUAUCCACAUCUGCCACCACAAACACCAUCUCGAUCAGGUGUCAAUGGCGAUUCUCUGUUGUUCCAUCGAUGCCAGACGCUAGAAGAGAAAGCUGCCUUGGAGAAUGCAAUCAAAUCAGGAGAUCUAGAAGGUGUUGUUGCAAUACUAAGCAAACGUCCUGCCGAGAAUCCCAACAAUAAUCCCGAUCUGCUUUUGGGUAUAUGUCUGGAUGCAGUCCGGUAUAACCACCCCGAUAUUCUCUUCUAUCUUUACGAGAAUGGCGAACCUCAUUUCCUUUCUCAAUGCACAGAAUCCACUGCAAUUUUGCAAAUAUACAUGGAUUUUGGUUGGGACAUCAAUCAACCAGACACCGGGGUUCAUCAUACACGAUUUGCGUACGCUGCUCUACCCAGCUUGAUGCCUCUGCUAACUCAGACCAGACAGUUUGUCCACGAUGAGCACCUCACAAGGUGGCUCCUCAGUGUUGGAGCCGAUCCCACUGCAAGAGCCGAUUAUGAUGUCACAGCAAUUUCAAUAGCAGCCAUUCACUCCUCUUUAUCAAUCUUUGAAUUACUACUGGAAAGAGGUGGGAACAUCGACAACGGCCAAUUGCUACAUAGAGCCAUAAAACGCGACGACAUAGACCAACUCGAACGCAUCGAAAUCCUUCUAGAUCUAGGUUGUCCAAUUGAUGCAAUUCUGUAUGAGAACCACCAAUGGUCUCAAAUGAUGCACAAAGCGAUAGGAGCUGGAACCCCGUUGUUCGACGCAGCAGCAAAAGGCAAGGACGACGUAGUAGAAUAUCUUCUUCAACGGGGCGCAAAUCCUGCCAUCAAAAACACGCACGGGAAAACUGCACUCCAAGCUGCUGAAGCUGGAGGACAUACUAGAGUUUUUGAGAUCAUCAAGAGAUGGGAUCAUUGAAUUUCUUUGAGAGCUAUGGAGUUCUUCCUAGGG